UUACAUUUUUUUCAUUACUAUUCAUGUUCCUACUUUCAGGUUCUGCGCUCUCUCGCUUUGUCUCAAGCGUUUCUUAUUUCUACGCGCUCCCGUGUAGGGACGGCCCUUGUCUGUGGAAUGACUGAACCAGCAGACGGUAGCGGUAGGAUGGCUGUGGUUGAAACGGGCUGACCGGGCACGGUGUGCUAAUUUUCUUUUUCACGAAUACUUUUGGGAUGCUUUCCUUUAACGAUCUCCCUGCAUAUUUUGUCUACUGUGCGUGUGAACGAGUUUACAUUAUCCAGCAUGCUUUUUCAUUACUGUUUAUAGCUUUGUUACAGAAGACGGGACUGAGCUGUCGGUUUACUAGAGACCACUAGAUAUUGGAUAAUUAAACUCGGGCCAGGAUGUCUUCAAUACGGGAGGAUUAUAUGGCACCUUGGUGGACAUAUUGGCUACACAAUUUCCCUCAUGUCAACUUGAACUUUCAGCCCAUCGACAACACGUUCACCCCCCAGGAUCAGAACUACCAGCAGUCAUUAAUCUUCCUGGCCUGUAUGGUGGCUGCAGGGCUGGGCCUGAACCUGCUUUGCCUGGCCAUUUACCUGAGCUGCCUGUGCUGCUGUCGGAAAGACGAGGAGGAGGAGGAGAGCAAGAGCCCCAACUCCUGCUGUGUCACCUGGUCCGCCGUCACCGCCGGACUCCUCAGCUGCGCUGCUGUGGGAGUGGGUUUCUAUGGCAACAGCGAGACCAACGAUGGGGUGUACCAGCUGACGUACUCCCUGUACAACACCAAUCAUACCCUGGGAGGGGUCGACAGCCUGGUGACGGGCACCAUGGGUAGCAUGGAGAGUGGUCUGAAGCAGCACCUGGCGAGGUUGGAUGAGAUCUUCGCUACGCGGGGAGACUACGUACAGACCCUACGCUUCAUGCAGCAGAUGGCUGACAACGUCAUUAAACAGCUGUUGGGCCUGCCUGACUGGGACAUGACUAAAGUAGACCUGGCCGCUAUCGCAGACCAGACCACAUACAUAGAGUACUACAGGUGGCUCACCUACCUGCUGCUACUGAUUCUAGAUCUGGUGAUCUGUCUGGCGGCUUGCCUGGGCCUAGCCAAACAGUCUCGCUGGCUGCUGACAACUAUGAUGGUGUUUGGGGUGCUGACAUUGAUCCUGAGCUGGGCGUCUCUGGGAGCUGACCUGGCCUCUGCUGUGAGCACCAGUGACUUCUGUGUGACCCCAGAGAAGUUCAUCAUGAACCAGACCAAGGACCUAAUCAGUUCUGAGAUAGUGCAUUACUACCUGUACUGCAGCCAGGCCCUCCGCAACCCAUUCCAGCAGUCUCUGACCAUCUUCCAGAGGUCUCUGACCACCAUGCAGAUACAGAUACAGGGCCUGCUGCAGUUCGCUGUGCCUCUCUUCCCAACCGCCGAGAGAGACCUACUGGGCAUUCAGCACCUACUCAAUUCAUCAGAGGCUAGCCUCCACCAGCUAACUGCCCUACUGGACUGUAGAGGACUCAACAAGGACUACCUGGAUGCCCUGAUCGGUGUGUGUUAUGAUGGGGUAGAGGGCCUGCUCUACCUCUGCCUCUUCUCCAUCCUGGCAAUUUGUGCCUUCUGUGCCAUGCUGUGUGCCAUCCCCCGAGCAUGGACACAUAUCACCAGCAGGGAGCGUGAUUAUGACGAUAUAGACGAGGGUGACCCGUUUAACCCUCAGGCCAGACGCAUGACGACCCACGACUCCAACCAUGCCACCAACAUGCACAGCUUCUGCAGCUACAGCAGCAGUGUGGGCAGCCAGAGCAGCCUUCACCCGCCUGCCGCCCAGGCUGCCCAGACUGUGUCCAACGCACCCGUCUCAGAGUACAUGAACCAGUCAGCGUUGUUCGGGGGAAACCCGCGGUACGAGAACGUUCCUCUGAUCGGGAGAGGCUCUCCGCCCCCCUCGUACUCCCCCAGCAUGAGGGCUACAUACCUGUCCAUGACUGAGGACCAGAUCAGACACUUUGGGAAUGAUUUCCAGGCAUAGAGCUGCUCCUCCCUCCCUCCUCCUCUUUAAUCUCUGCUAUCUCCAAGAGGGUUCUCAUACAGGCAAACACACAUACACACACAACUACUCCAGAAGUGUGUGACUUUGUGGCUGCUACACAGACCCACUUCUCGUCCAACUCCCUGGACUGGACCAAGGCCUGAUAUGAGGAAAGGUGUGACACACACAGUUGUCACAUCCCAAACCCCAGAGCCAAGUGUCUAUGUCUUAGUCACCAUGACUCCAGCCCAUAGAAUUAGAAUGAUUCUAUUAUGUGAUUCUAUUCAAUCUAUUUCAGUUCUCCCUUGCUGUCUCCAGAGAAUGCAGCAAUGUAAAGCCCUACUAUUCCACUUCCACAUUGCAUGUUGUGUCCACUGUCUGAAGGUAUAGUCAAAAGAAAUUCUGCUAAAGUUCUCUUGGAAAUAACACCAAACUUUUCUAAUAGCUUUAGAUUUAAAUAUUUCGGUUUGUCUGCAGCAUUUGUUUUAGGCAAGACCUUUGAAAAUGUAAGAAAGAGAAAUUAUAUAUAUUUUUUAUUUUCAUUUCAUUUGACCUAUAACAUCAAACUUACAACAUGUCCUUAGGCCACCAAUUCAGUAUGUGAGUCCUCAUAUUUCCCAGCUCUUUGUGUAGUAGUAGUGUUGAAAAAAAAUGGUAAAAUGGAAAUUGUCAUAAUAAUGAUUUCUUUUAAAAACGCUAGCUUGAUUCAUUCACUCUGACGAGACAAUAGCAACUUUUACAGGAAAUUGCUUUUAUAAUGAUCUAUUGUUCAGAUACUAAUGAUAUGAUUAGUCUAUUUUGAAAUUAAACUUCUUCUAAAACAUAUGUUAAGAAUGGAAGCAUGUUUUUGUGCCUAUAACCACUCCCUAUUCACCUAAACAGAUGUUCUAUAAUAGCUACUGUAGGUCUAUGACUGUUAACUCAAAAGGAGGGACCAUACUAUGACUGUUGAUACCUGAUACUCCAACACAUUUGUAUUUGUUUAAAUUGGCCAGGAACAAGUACAUCAGAAAUGACAUUCACACUCUUAGAACUGGGAAGUGUCUACUGUCAAAGGGUCCUCCCAUUUCCUACACGGCUACAAACGACACAUACUAUAUAUGCCAUAAUAGUAGUUAUAUGUUUCCACAUACACCUCAGACCUAAACAUUGUGAAGCACAAACCUAACCCUGACUGUAUGGUAGGGCCUGGGAUAGUGGCCCUACACCAUGCCCUCCCUACACUAUGCCCUCUCUACACUAUGCCCUCCCUACACUAUGCCCUCCCUACACUAUGCCCUCCCUACACUAUGCCCUCCCUACACCAUGCCCUCUCUACACUAUGCCCUCCCUACACCAUGCCCUCUCUACACUAUCCCCUCCCUACACCAUGCCCUCCCUACACUAUCCCCUCCCUAAACUAUGCCCUCCCAACACUAUGCCCUCCCAACACUAUCCCCUCCCUACACUAUGCCCUCCCAACACUAUGCCCUCCCAACACUAUGCCCUCCCAACACUAUGCCCUCCCAACACUAUGCCCUCCCAACACUAUGCCCUCCCUAAACUAUGCCCUCCCAACACUAUGCCCUCCCAACACUAUGCCCUCCCAACACUAUGCCCUCCCAACACUAUGCCCUCCCAACACUAUGCCCUCCCAACACUAUCCCCUCCCUACACUAUGCCCUCCCAACACUAUGCCCUCCCAACACUAUGCCCUCCCAACACUAUGCCCUCCCAACACUAUGCCCUCCCUACACUAUGCCCUCCCAACACUAUGCCCUCCCAACACUAUGCCCUCCCAACACUAUCCCCUCCCUACACUAUGCCCUCCCAACACUAUGCCCUCCCAACACUAUGCCCUCCCAACACUAUGCCCUCCCAACACUAUGCCCUCCCAACACUAUGCCCUCCCAACACUAUCCCCUCCCUACACUAUGCCCUCCCAACACUAUGCCCUCCCAACACUAUGCCCUCCCAACACUAUGCCCUCCCUACACUAUGCCCCCCUACACUAUGCCCUCCCUACACUAUGCCCUCCCUACACUAUGCCCUCCCUACACUAUGCCCUCCCAACACUAUGCCCUCCCUACACUAUACAGAUACCCCUCUGUGUUGCAUGCUCUUCUCCAUUCAGAAAGUCCUGCACAGUGUCUGACACAGGAUUUUAUGUUUUGAGCCAUCAUUUGAACAGACUAAGACUGUUAUUUUGGACUACCGGUAUUCGUAUUUUCUUUUAUGGUUGUCCCAAUGUGCCACGGGUUGUGUUUUAAACCAAUAAAGCCCUUGGGAGCUGCUCUGCCACAAUAUCAGAUAUUUUUUCAGAGGCCAUUGUUAUAUGAUGGCAUUCAGUUGUAUGUAUAUUGUAAUAAAAACAUAUAAACUUGAGUUUUGGUCAUGACUUGGAAAUUGCUGAAAACUAUCAUGGCGGGAGAAAUUGUGUUCAGAUAUCAGUUUUAACCUGAUUAAUGAUAAUUGUCUUCCAUUUUGAGAAACAUAGUCAUACUCUUAAUGAACAUUCUGUUUUCAUCUUUUGUCAGUUCAUGUUUAAUUCUGUAGGGUUUUGUUAUGUUAUUUUAUGUUUAUUUUUCAGUUUGAGUCCAUGUGAAGUAGCACUGUCUUCAACCAUUGAGAGUGAUGAUUGAUUUCUAUGUAUCCUCAGAGAUGGGGUGUCAUUGUAAGUUAAUAAAAUACUUUUGUGUAGCUAGUA